AUGAAGAUUACCGAUGACAUGCCAAUUGCUUCGGAGGCAGAGCACGCGCUCGACGCGUCCAAUCGCGGCUACCGUUUGCUGCUCAAGAUGGGAUGGCGCACAGGCUCUGGAUUGGGCAAGCAGGAGCAAGGCAUCGUCGAGCCCGUGAAGAUGAAGGAAAAUUUAGUGUGUCUCGGGCUUGGAAAAGCGGAAGAGUACGACCAUGUGACGCAGUUAGCAACAAGCGAGCGUCGAAAGCUGGAGUCCGAAGUGCUGGAAACGGCUGAACAAGUUGCGGUUCGCGAGUCGAAAAGUGCAAAAGACGAACAAGUAAAGGCAGACGUCAGGAAUAUGCAGGCAGCUUUUUACUGCUCAGACUGUCGAAAACAGUACAAGUCGGUGACGGAGAUGGAAAACCACUUGAGUUCGUACGACCAUCAUCACACGAAGAGACUAAAGGAGUUGCAGCACCACAAACGACGAGUGGGGUCUGAGGGAGAGCAAAAUGCCAAGCACGAGAAGCAACAAGUGAAGGAACGUUUGAUGUUGCAACGAAGGAUAGCUGCACAAUCUCAGGCAGCGCGAGCUGACACGGAAAAGACUAAAGGACCAGCCGCUGAUGUGAAAUGCGACAGCGAAAAAUGUGCGACUACAACGACAGGCGGUUUCGAAUUUGGUCGAGGAAUGAAAAUAGGCAUGAAGAAGAAGAAGGCGUUGGCUAAACGCAACGUCCCUUCGGCUUUUUCAAAUCCUUUUUCGCAAUAA